GCACGUUUCCCCCCUUGCAUGUUACGUCACUGAGCCGCAGCUUGUCCCUGUAGGAAGCAUCAUGGCCGCCCUGUCAGUGCUGAAGAGGCUGUGCAGUGUUGUUCUGUUUGUGUCCCAGCUGUACGUGUUCUCCGGCCGCGGGUCCUUGAGUUUGGAGCAUUCCCAGCCAGUAGCUCAAUUGUUAAAGGACGAGCUCCCGUCUUCCACAGUUCCUCCAACCACCAAAGCAACAGUUUCAGAGACACCGUCUUACAUGUCAAAAUGUCCCAGCAACGGGUUAUGCAGUAAUCUACCUUCCGCUUGUGUUAUCUGCGCUACGAACAACUCUUGUAUUUAUGGCAAGCCUGUCACUUUUGACUGUGAAGCCAAAGACCAGGUUGUAUGUGUUGAUGACAACCAUCAGAGGCAAAAAAAAUUCACCAUCACCAUGACCUGCCAGUAUUGUUGGCAGCUUCCGCCCUCUGAAUACGUGUGCAGUAAAUCAACCAACUGUAUGACUGUUUCCUGCCCGAGACAGAGGUACAGUGCCAACUGCACGGUAUUGGACCACGUGCACUGUCUAGGUAUUCGUGUUUUUCCAAAGAUGCUGUAUUGUAACUGGACAGGUGGUUACAAAUGGUCUACUGCCCUUAUAUUAAGCAUCACACUUGGUGGAUUUGGUGCAGAUCGGUUUUAUUUAGGACAGUGGCGAGAAGGACUUGGAAAACUAUUCAGCUUUGGAGGCCUGGGAAUAUGGACUUUGAUUGAUGUCUUCUUAAUUAGCGUUGGAUAUGUUGGCCCUGCUGAUGGCUCUUUGUAUAUCUAACUAUACGACUCUAGAGAAGGCCUAAUCUAUUGGCUCUCUGUAUACUUAACAACUCCAGAGAAGGACAAUCAGCCCUAAUCUAUUGAAACAUUACAUUUAAUUUGUUAUGUUUAUAUAUUUAUUUUAAUGUACAGUAUCUGUACUGGAUCUACCUUUUCAUUGAGGGGAACUAUGAUCAAUUUUCUUUAACAUGUUUUCCUUUGUUGAAUGUAUUUCAAUGUCUGUCAUCCUUAUUUUCUAGGAAAGUCAUGAUCUUAUGGGUUUAGUUUAUGGAACGUUGUGCAUAUGUUUUCCUAUGACAUUGUAAGACUUUAAAGGGUUACGCCAAACACCAAGAUCACUUUAGUGAUUGGAAGUGGUCAUGGUGCUUUAAGUGUCUAUACAGCAUUGUUAAAGCACUUUGCAUGCCAGAGGUGUAACUCAACCUCCAGCAGCAUAUAUAGCCAGCCUGGCUAAUGUGUGUAUUUUUGCUGUUUGUCAUCAGCACACAUAGCACGCUGGCGACCUAAGACUAAUGGUGGCACGCCACCCCUAUGUGGCCAAAGUACUCCACUAAGCAUGUCCUGUGUGAAGAUCCCUUCCACUGCAGUAAGCCGGAGGAUCAAACUGCAGAGAGAACUUGGCCUCAGCUGACAAUUUUUAUUAAGAUUUUCCUUUUGUAUAUAUAUUUUUUUCUUUUAGUGGGGACCAGGCCAGCAAGGGUUAUUCCAUCCCAAAACAGUUUUAUAUUAAAAUAUUGUUUUUUGGUUGUAGUAAACCAUCAGAAGAAUACACAGCUUAACACUGUGGCAAUAAAAUGUGUUAUUAGAAGACAGCUACCUGUUGACAUCAGUGAGAUUUUAGAAUGUCAAAGGGAAACAUUUAA